GGUUUCCGGAGGGCUUCACGUGCAACGAUUGUGUAACUUGGAUAUAGUGUAUCACGAGCUUGUCCAGUGUAGUGUGAUGGCUAGCUCCUCAUUGUAAGUGUAACUUAUUACUGAUUUCGCCAUAAUGGUCCGAGCGUCGGUUUGAAAACAUUUCCGAAAAAAAAAAUGAUCGCGGACCCCGGUGGUCUAACGGUGCCGUUUGCAAUCUUGUGCAUUGUUGAUCUGUUCGGUAUCUAUCCGAUAAUCGUUCUGCCGGGACCUAUAAUAAAAUGCGGAUGGUUGGGAAUACCGUUGGCUGUCUGCGUGUUUGCGGUCCAGGUGUACACGGCCGUUUUGCUGGGAAAAUGUUGGAUCAUGGCCGAAGAAAUCGAACCGAACAUCGUGAAAAAAAACCGGUAUCCGUACGCUGCUUUAGCUGAGCUCAUUUUCGGAGGUAAAGCCAAAUGUAUCGUCACCGUUAUGUUGGACGUGGCCGUGUUCGGUGCGUGUAUUCCAAAUCUUCUGAUCGCGGCUUACAAUAUUCACACACUCGGAUUAACAUUUUCGAACGACCGUGUUAACGUGUCCCCAUGCGUGUGGCUGAUUGUUAUUGGAAUAGUGUUGUGUCCACCUCUUUGGCUUGGAAGUCCGAAAGAUAUGAAAUGGAUCGCGCUGAGCUCCGUAUUUUUCGUGGGCUCAGUAAGUGUGUUGACGUGGAUAACGAUGUUUGAUACACCGCGUGAAGUCGACGCGUUCCUACCCGAAACUUCGUGGGACAGUAUCGCUCUUGCUUACGGGAUAUUGGCGUUUCAGUUUGACGUGCAUCCGCUUGUGCUUACCGUGCAGAUGGACAUGGUCGACAAACGAAGAUUGCCACUGGUGAUCAUCUGCGCAUUCUCGAUAACGUGUGGCUUGUUUUUAAUCACCACCGUCAUUGGCUACUGGCGAUUCGGACCGUUACUGAGCUCGAAUCUACUCAACGAUCUGUCCAGUAGCCGUUACUUAAGCGCCAACAUAAGUCUGGUCACGGUUCAGAUAUGUCUAUCGACGUCGGUCAGCACCACGGCGUUGUUCCAGCACAUCGAACAUUUUCUCGGGAUACCCAGAGAAUUCGGUUGGAGGAGGUGCGCGCUCAGGUCGGCCGUCGUCGCGUUGGCGGUGGCCGUCGGCGAGGCCGUGCCCAGAUUCGACCUGCUGAUGGGCCUGAUCGGGGCGCUGCUGACGGGCCCGUUGAUGUUCCUGUUGCCGCCGUUGUUCUACGUGAAAAUGCGAUCGUUGCGCCGGUCGAAAGUCAAAACGUCCGCGGCCGCGUGCUACCGCACGUUUCCGAACGCCGGACCGGCCCCCCCGGUGGUCGGCUUCAAGCGGUUGGUGUUACUGCUGGUCAUAGUAUCCGGCGGAACGUUAGCCACCGUCUUGACCACGGUGUCCACGGUCCGGGACACGGUGGUCUACGCCCGGUUCACGCCUUCGUGCGUGAUGCAGUUGUUCGAAUGACUCUCGGGACCGGUGUACUCGGUGCGUUCCGCAGGCCCCGGCCUAAUGGGGCCCUUUGAAAAAUGUGUAGAAAGCAAAAUAAUAAAACAGUUUUGUUAUAAUCGA